AGGAAUCCAGGUGCCAAAAACACUGCCCGAUCAAUGAAACAAAAUACGAGGUCGACAAAUUGAACAAACUUCUCGUACUUCAGAUUCGCCGUCCGCCGCCGGUGAUACCGCUUUCUCCGGAGCCUGCUUACAGAGGGAGUCAACGCAUCGCAAAUUCAGACUCCACAAGUCGAAAUUAACUGUGGGGGAGCAAAAAUAUGGGGUCUCAAGGGCAACGUGGAAGUGGGAGCAAGCCGCGAAUCGGGAGGUACGAGCUCGGAAAGCUGCUUGGGCUGGGAACUUUAGCAAAGGUCAGGUUUGCCAGGAAUACCGAGACCGGGGAGAAUGUUGCCAUCAAGAUUAUUGACAAGGAAAAGGUCCUCAAACGUCAGAUGAUCACUCAGAUUAAGCGAGAAAUAGUGACCAUGAAGCAUCUUCGACACCCAAAUGUCAUCCGUACGCACGAGCCUGAGAAUUUGCUUCUAGAUGCUUCUCGAGUACUUAAAGUUUCGGGCUUUGGAUUUAGUGCAUUGCCACAACAAGUUAGCGUAAUCCUCAAGAAAGGUUAUGAUGGAGCCAAGGCAGAUGUAUGGUCUUGUGGUGUGAUUCUUUUUCUCUUGUUGGCUGGCUACCUUCCUUUUCAUGAUUCUAACUUGAUGGCAAUGACCAAACAGAUUACUAAAGCUGAUGUUAAAUGUCCCCCUUGGUUCUCCAGUAGUGUAAAGGAACUGGUUAAAAGGAUAUUGGAUCCCACUCCAGCUACGGACACCCGGAAGUUUGUUGUGGCUCCUAUGAAUCCUUCCGAACUGAUGUCAACAUCUCAGAGUCUCAACAUCAGUAGUCCAUUCAAGAAGCAGAUGAUGACUCUUCAAGGAGAGGAGACAGGACCUAAAGGUCACCUGUCAAUUACUGCUGAAAUCUUUGAGGUGGCUCCUUCUCAAUUCACGAUUGAGCUUCGCAAGUCUGGUGGUGACGCCCUGCAAUUCCACAAGUUUUACAAGGGCAUCUCGACUGGACUGAAGGAUGUUGUUUGGAAAACAGUGGAUGAAGGAAAGGAAGAAGGGAACGUAAAGGUCGAAAGCACAAGUUGA